GCCGGCUCAGCGUGGCGGUGCGGCAGGUGCCGCCGGCGGGGGCGGAACAUGGCGCUGGGUGCCGGGGCAGCGCGGCGGCUGCCGCACCUGCCGGCCGGGGGCUGCCUCCCCCUGCUGCUGCUGCUCCUGCUCCUCCUCUGCGGACAGCUCGGGGGAGGACAGAAAAAGAAGGAGAAUCUUUUGGCUGAGAAAGUGGAACAGCUGAUGGAGUGGAGCUCAAGGCGUUCAGUCGUCCGCAUGAAUGGAGAUAAAUUCCGAAGAUUUGUGAAGGCUCCACCUCGUAACUACUCUGUGAUAGUGAUGUUCACUGCUCUCCAGCCACAGCGGCAGUGCUCUGUUUGCAGGCAAGCUAAUGAGGAAUAUCAAGUGCUGGCUAAUUCAUGGCGCUAUUCAUCUGCUUUUUCAAACAAACUGUUUUUCACAAUAGUGGAUUAUGAUGAAGGGGCAGAUGUUUUUCAGCAGCUGAAUAUGAACUCUGCUCCGACUUUCAUGCAUUUUCCUCCGAAGGGUAAACCCAAGAGAGCUGACACAUUUGACCUGCAGAGAAUCGGAUUUGCAGCUGAACAGCUAGCUAAAUGGAUAGCUGACAGAACAGAUGUUCAUAUUAGAGUGUUCAGGCCUCCUAACUAUUCUGGUACAAUUGCACUGGCUCUUCUGGUAUCUCUUGUUGGUGGCUUGUUAUAUCUGCGAAGAAAUAAUCUAGAGUUCAUCUAUAACAAAACUGGCUGGGCCAUGGCAGCUCUGUGCGUUGUAUUUGCUAUGACAUCUGGUCAGAUGUGGAAUCACAUCCGUGGACCACCGUAUGCACAUAAAAAUCCUCAGAAUGGACAAGUGGGCUGGAAACCCAGAUCAUAUUCUGUGCUUGGUGCCAGAUGGACUUCAUGGAAUGCAGCCAGCACAGGCUGUUCCAGCCAGCCAGUCCUAUGAAAACCGGUUGCUGUCUCUUGUCUCAGUUUUUGGUUUGGGCAGUGGUGAAUACAGGAAUGAGCUCAGGACUGGAAAAUGUAACUCAUAUUCAUUGAAUUUAAAAAUGAGGGAAUCAAAGUCUGAGUAUGAGAUUGUUGUCUGUAUCUGUAUUACAUAGAUUCUUAAAAAAAACCACCAACACUAAAUAUUUCUUAAAAAGGGUUGAUUUCAUCCAUAGCUAUUAAACCUACCCAUCAAAAUUGGCUGAUAUGAUUUAUGGUCUUGUUUAGUAAGUGAGUCUGAAUACUUGCACUAACUGUUGCACCAAGGAUGCUGAAAAAAUAAUAAACACAUGGAGUUCUAUUUGAGGUCCAGUUGAUUUUCUAGAUAUCAUACUAAUUUUUAGAGUAAGGUGCUUGAGUAAAUUGAAUGAAAUUACUGAAAGUACAUAAAUGCAACAUCUAAUAAUUCUGUCUAUCCCUCAUUAUUUUGUAUGUGCUGGUGUAUGCACUUCAGCUGUUUUGUUAGUCCUGAUCUUGCUGGUCUAUAACUGAGCUAGAUGCCAUUUCAUGUUGAGAUGUUUCUUAGAGAAAUUGCUUGCUAUGAUUAUAAUACAUGAAAUUUUCACUAGGCUGAUGAACUGUUGGCUUAUAUUUGAGUUAGAAAUGUUUAUAAAGCUAGUAAGUGUUCAAAAGAAAUAGUUUAUUUCAGGUAGGUUAAAUUAAAGUUUAGGUGUUAAAUUAAAGUUUAUUAUUUCUGUUUAUUGUUAAAUAAAAUGAAGAUUUCUAGAAAAAAUGUUGUCUCAAAUAACUGACUGUACAUUUCUUACUGUCAUAUGUGGUCUUCAUUUUGCUAGAAAUGCAAAUUUAUUUAGUAUUUCUGUUAGCAGUAAGUGAGUUUAGAUUUAUUUUGUGUUCAAUACUACAUUAAUUUCUGAAGCCAUUAAGCAUCAUUUGCAGAUGCCCCUUUUAUAUCUGGUUAUCUACAAUAAAAGCAAUUGCCUUAUUAAAUACUUGGACAUUUUCCUAACUACUGAAUAUUAACAUGUGAUUAGAGUAGUCAGAGGUUUCUUUUAGUAAAUUAAGUAGCUUCAAGACUUCUUGUCUUUCUUUAGUUUUCGAGAUGGAAUUCUUAUAUUUAUUUACUGAGGUUCAGUGUUGUUUAAGUUCU